UGGGCAGAGUUGCAGGGGUCUCUACAGCUGAGGCAUGUUGGCCGGAUUAUUUGGGUUCCUGCUCGGAUGGCGGCGACGCUGAUCCUGGAGCCCGCGGGCCGCUGCUGCUGGGACGAACCGGUGCGAAUCGCCGUGCGCGGCCUAGCCCCGGAGCAAUCGGUCACGCUGCGCGCGUCCCUGCGCGACGAGAAGGGCGCGCUUUUCCAGGCUCAUGCGCGCUACCGCGCCGACACCCGCGGCGAGCUGGACCUGGAGCGCGCGCCCGCGCUGGGCGGCAGCUUCGCGAAGCUUGAGCCCGUGGGGCUGCUCUGGGCCUUGGAGCCCGAGAAACCCUCGGUGCGACUGGUGAAGCGCGACGUGCGAACGCCCUUGGCCGUGGAGCUGGAGGUGCUGGAUGGCCACGACCCCGACCCCAGGCGCCUGCUGUGCGGAGCGCGGCACGAGCGCUACUUCCUCGUGCCAGGGGUGCGGCGCGUGCGCGCGGGCCGGGUGCGAGGCACGCUUUUCCUGCCGCCAGAACCUGGGCCCUUUCCUGGGAUUGUGGACAUGUUCGGAACUGGAGGUGGCCUGCUGGAGUAUAGGGCUAGUCUGCUGGCUGGGAAGGGUUUUGCUGUGAUGGCUCUGGCUUAUUAUAACUAUGAAGACCUCCCCAAGACCAUGGAGACGCUCCAUCUGGAGUACUUUGAAGAAGCCGUGAACUACUUGCUCAGUCGUCCUGAGGUAAAAGGUCCAGGAGUUGGGCUGCUUGGAAUUUCCAAAGGGGGUGAGCUCUGCCUUUCCAUGGCCUCUUUCCUGAAGGGCAUCACGGCUGCUGUGGUCAUCAACGGCUCUGUGGCCAAUGUUGGGGGAACCUUACACUACAAGGGUGAGACCCUGCCCCCUGUGGGCUUCAACAGAAAUCGCAUCAAGAUGACCAAAGAUGGCUAUGCAGACAUUGUGGAUGUCCUUAACAGCCCUUUGGAAGGACCUGACCAGAAGAGCUUCAUUCCUGUGGAAAGGGCAGAGAGCACCUUCCUGUUCCUGGUAGGUCAGGAUGACCACAACUGGAAGAGUGAGUUCUAUGCUAAUGAGGCCUGUAAACGCUUGCAGGCCCAUGGGAGGAGAAAGCCCCAGAUCAUCUGUUACCCAGAGACAGGGCACUAUAUUGAGCCUCCUUACUUCCCCCUGCGCCGGGCUUCCCUGCAUGCCUUGGUGGGCAGUCCUAUUAUCUGGGGAGGGGAGCCCAGGGCUCAUGCCAUGGCUCAGGUGGAUGCUUGGAAACAACUCCAGACUUUCUUCCACAAACACUUGGGUGGCCAAGAGGGGACAAUCCCAGCAAAACUGUAAUUUUUAUUUGAUCAUGUGGCCUCUCUGUUGCUAAUCUCUCUUGGAAACAUCUGCCACAUUUAGUGUGUGUAUGUGUAUUCAUUCUUUUGUAUUUAAUAACUACUUAAAGUUUCUCCCCCUCAUUAUUAAAAUGAAUUUACCAGUAA